AUGAUCCCAUACGCGGUUGAUUUCUUUUUGUUGGGUCUAAUUGGACUAGGUAAGUGACAUCUACAACAAUAUUUUUGUUUUAUAUCUUGAAAGUUGUAACAUGUUACACUGGUAAAGCUUUUCUAGUACUGUAAAAUAGUAUACAACAUGUUUUUAGUCGUGGCAGAUAAACGGCAGGAAGCGGAAAAGUUUUUGGAGCAGGGAAAGAUAUUAUUGGCAUCAGGACAGUUUAACGAAGCUCUACAACAAUAUCACUCAGCCAUUGAUCUCGACCCUACCAAUUACCAGGCAUACUUUAGGAGGGCUACCGUGAUGUUGGCUACGGGUAAAAUCAAGGGAGCUUUGCCGGAUUUGGAUAAGGUUGUUGAGUUAAAACCCGACUUUAUUGCUGGUCGAGUCCAACGAGGUAACCUAUUGGUUAAACAAGGAAAACUGGCACAAGCUGGAGAGGACUUUAAAAUUACUGUAAGUUUUUACUAUUUUUAAAAAAAUUUAUGUAGUAAAUUUCGAAACUUGAUUUAAAUAUUGCUACUUUUAGCUUAAAAACGAGCCAAGCCAUUCAGAAGCAACAGAAAAGAUAGAGAAGGUAAAACAACUUCAAGAACUCUACGAACAAGUUGAUGAACUCUUUGAGAACGAUGAUUAUGAAGCUGCCGAGAAAAUAUUAGAUCGUUUGAUGGAAGAAUGCAUGUGGGAUGCUAGCCUGCAUAGGAAACGAGCCAAGUGUAGAAAGAUGAGAGGCGAUAUUCAGAACGCCAUUUCUGAUGUCAAGGCGAUUGCUAAGUUGAUCCCGGACUCUACUGAAGUCUAUCUGGAAACUGCCCAGAUGUACUAUGAUGUUGGAGAUGUGGAAAAUUCUUUGGGGUAAUUUUUAGUUGUACUUUUUCUAUAUUUUAGGUAACAAAUUAAAUAGAUUUUUGGAAUAAAUAUUAAGAUAUAUAUAUGUAAAAAAUGUUUGUUUCUAGACAAGUACGAGAAUGUUUGAAGUUGAAUCCAGACCACAAAACUUGUUUCCCAUUCUAUAAAAGGGUCAAGAAGCUUGGUAAGAUGAGAGAACAACUGGAAAAGGCCUCAAAAGAACAAAAGUGGACAGAAUGCUUGAAAAAGGGACAAGACAUCUUGAAGUACGAGCAGAACAUUGACAACAUUCAGUGGGAUGUGUUCAAAGUCACUUGUAAAUGUAACAGAGAAGCUGGCCACGUUGCCGAAGCUAUUCAAGAAUGCUCAGAAGUCUUAAAAUACGGAAUUCCUGACGAUCUGGAUAUUCUGUUGGAACGAGGAGAAGCUUAUUUGUUGGCAGAGGAAUGGGACAAAGGUAUGUAAUUUUUGCUUCUCAUCUUUUAUAACUGACGUUUAAUGUAUAGUUGCUUGUCAUUUUCUUGAGUUUGUUUUGAAAUUUCAUUUUUUAGCUAUUGAGGACUUCCAACAAGCUGUGAAUGCUCAUUCCGAAUCCCGAAAAGCGAAGGAAUCUUUGAAUCGUGCUCAAAAGAUGAAAACUCAAGCAGGCAAAAAAGAUUACUAUAAGAUUCUGGGAGUGAAAAGGUAUGUGCAAUUAGGUGUAUUAUUGCAGUAAAAAAGUACAUAGAAAAACCUGUGUUAUUUUGUUACUUGUUGUCUAAAAUAAUGCUAAUUUGUGUUUUUAGGAAUGCAAGCAAGCGUGAAAUUGAAAAGGCUUACAGAAAGCUAGCUCAUAAAUGGCAUCCAGGUAGGUAUUUUGUUUUUAGGUAUUUACGUCUUGCACGGAUAAAGUAGUAUAAUGCGUCUUAUAAUAUUGUUUUAGAUAACUUUCAAGACGAUGCCGAGAAGAAGAAAGCUCAGGAAAAGUUUAUCAACAUUGCCGAAGCCAAGGAUGUGUUGACGGAUCCAGAGAAGCGUCAACUAUUCGAUCAAGGAGAAGAUCCGAACGAUCCUAACGCCGGUCAUGGCCAUCAUCACCAUCCCUUCCACGGCUUCCAAGGGUUCCCUGGCGGAUUCGGCGGAGGCUUCGGCGGUGGCGGACAGCAAUAUUCAUUCAAAUUCACUAACUUCUAG